GCAUCGGAUCUCAAAAUCAAAGUUUAGUCGCUACUGGCGCCGAUGGAAUCGAUUCUGCAGAAGAAAGUGCCGUGCUGCUGUCAAGUCCAAUGUUUUCUACUGGCUGGUUAUCUUCCUUGUGUUUCUCAACACCCUUACCAUUGCCUCUGAGCACUACAACCAGCCAGACUGGCUCACAGAGGUUCAAGACACUGCCAACAAGGUGCUGCUAGCUCUUUUCACUGCAGAGAUGCUGCUGAAGAUGUACAGCCUUGGUCUCCAGGCCUAUUUUGUGUCCCUCUUCAACCGCUUUGACUGUUUCAUUGUGUGUGGAGGAAUCCUGGAAACGAUUCUGGUUGAGACAAAGAUCAUGUCACCACUGGGCAUUUCGGUGUUGAGAUGUGUUCGGCUCCUAAGAAUAUUUAAAAUCACAAGAUACUGGAACUCCCUGAGUAACCUUGUGGCUUCACUGCUCAAUUCAGUUCGCUCCAUCGCCUCCCUGUUGCUGCUUCUCUUCCUCUUCAUUAUCAUCUUCUCACUCCUGGGGAUGCAGCUCUUUGGGGGCAAGUUUAACUUUGAUGAGAUGCAGACCAGGAGGAGUACAUUCGACAACUUCCCCCAGUCCCUCCUUACUGUGUUUCAGAUCCUGACUGGGGAGGACUGGAAUUCGGUGAUGUAUGAUGGGAUCAUGGCUUAUGGCGGCCCCUCUUUUCCAGGAAUGUUGGUCUGUAUUUACUUCAUCAUCCUCUUCAUCUGUGGAAACUAUAGCCUGCUGAAUGUAUUUUUGGCCAUUGCUGUGGACAACCUUGCUGAUGCUGAGAGUUUAACAUCUGCACAGAAAGAGGAGGAAGAGGAAAAAGAAAGGAAAAAGCUAGCUAGAACUGCUAGUCCCGAAAAGAAACAGGAGAUAGAAAAAACAGCUGUGGAGGAGGAGACAAAGGAGGAGAAAAUUGAGCUGAAAUCAAUCACCGCUGAUGGAGAAUCCCCGCCUGCUACCAAGAUCAACGUGGAUGAUUAUCAGCCCAAUGAAAAUGAAGAAAAGAGCCCAUAUACCACAACAGAAGCACCAGAGGAAGAUGAGGAAGAACCUGAGAUGCCUGUUGGCCCUCGACCUCGCCCGAUGUCUGAACUGCACCUCAAGGAAAAGGCUGUGCCCAUGCCUGAUGCCAGUGCUUUUUUCAUCUUCAGUCCUAACAACAGGUUUCGUGUCCACUGCCAUCGAAUCGUUAACGAUAACAUUUUCACCAACCUGAUCCUAUUUUUCAUCUUGCUCAGCAGCAUCUCCCUGGCAGCUGAGGACCCCGUUCGACACCUCUCCUUUAGGAACCAAAUUCUCUUUUAUUUUGAUAUAUUUUUUACUGUCAUUUUCACCAUUGAAAUUGCUCUGAAGAUCCUAGGCAAUGCAGACUAUGUCUUCACUAGUAUCUUUACAUUAGAAAUUAUUCUUAAGAUGACCGCAUACGGGGCUUUCCUCCAUAAGGGCUCCUUCUGCAGAAACUAUUUCAACAUCUUAGACCUGCUGGUGGUCAGCGUUUCUCUCAUCUCCUUUGGGAUCCAGUCCAGUGCUAUCAAUGUGGUGAAGAUCUUGCGUGUUCUGCGAGUCCUUAGACCACUGAGGGCCAUCAACAGAGCCAAAGGACUAAAGCAUGUGGUCCAGUGUGUGUUUGUCGCCAUCCGAACCAUCGGAAACAUUGUGAUUGUCACCACUUUGCUGCAGUUCAUGUUUGCCUGCAUUGGAGUUCAGUUGUUUAAGGGCAAGCUGUACAGCUGCACAGAUAGCUCCAAGCAGACGGCAGCAGAAUGCAGAGGGUACUACAUUACAUACAAGGAUGGCGAGGUCAACCAGCCGAUGAUACAGGCCCGGAGCUGGGAGAACAGCAAGUUUGACUUCGACAACGUCCUGACUGCCAUGAUGGCCCUCUUCACCGUUUCAACCUUUGAGGGCUGGCCAGAGUUGCUGUAUAGGUCCAUUGAUUCCCACAUGGAGGAUGUAGGACCCAUCUAUAAUCACAGGGUUGAGAUCUCCAUCUUCUUUAUUAUCUACAUCAUCAUCAUUGCUUUCUUCAUGAUGAACAUCUUCGUUGGUUUCGUCAUCGUCACAUUUCAGGAACAAGGAGAACAAGAGUACAAGAACUGUGAGCUGGACAAAAACCAGCGCCAGUGUGUAGAAUAUGCCCUGAAAGCCCGGCCCCUGAGGAGAUACAUCCCUAAAAACCAGUACCAGUACAAAGUUUGGUAUGUGGUCAACUCCACCUAUUUUGAAUACCUGAUUUUUGUUCUGAUCCUGCUUAACACCAUCUGCCUGGCCAUGCAACACUACGGUCAAAGCUGCAUGUUCAAAGAAGCCAUGAAUAUCCUCAACAUGCUCUUCACUGGUCUCUUCACUGUUGAGAUGGUCCUGAAAUUAAUCGCCUUCAAACCUAAGGGUUACUUUAGUGAUCCUUGGAAUGUUUUUGACUUCCUCAUCGUAAUUGGCAGCAUUAUAGACGUCAUUCUCAGUGAAACUAAUCACUAUUUCUGUGAUGCAUGGAAUACAUUUGACGCCUUGAUUGUUGUGGGUAGCAUUGUUGAUAUAGCAAUCACCGAGGUGAACCCAGCUGAACAUACCCAAUGCUCUUCCUCUAUGAACGCAGAGGAAAACUCUCGCAUCUCAAUCACCUUCUUCCGACUCUUCCGCGUGAUGCGUCUCGUGAAGCUCCUGAGCCGAGGGGAGGGCAUCCGGACACUGCUUUGGACCUUCAUCAAGUCCUUCCAGGCUCUCCCCUAUGUGGCUCUUCUAAUAGUGAUGUUGUUCUUCAUCUACGCUGUGAUCGGGAUGCAGGUGUUUGGUAAAAUUGCUCUGAAUGAUACCACAGAAAUCAACCGCAACAACAACUUCCAGACCUUCCCCCAGGCAGUGCUGCUGCUUUUCAGGUGUGCCACUGGUGAGGCCUGGCAGGAAAUCAUGCUGGCAUGUCUCCCAGACAAGAAGUGCGACCCAGAGUCGGAGCCGGCCAACUCCACCGAAGUCGAUCACUCCUGUGGCAGCAGCUUUGCCGUCUUCUAUUUCAUCAGCUUUUACAUGCUCUGUGCCUUCCUGAUCAUCAAUCUUUUUGUAGCUGUUAUAAUGGAUAACUUUGAUUACCUGACACGGGACUGGUCCAUUUUAGGACCACACCACCUGGAUGAGUUUAAAAGGAUCUGGGCAGAGUAUGACCCUGAAGCCAAGGGACGGAUCAAACACCUGGACGUGGUGACCCUGCUCCGGCGGAUUCAGCCCCCGCUGGGCUUUGGGAAGCUCUGCCCUCACCGGGUGGCUUGCAAACGCCUUGUCUCCAUGAAUAUGCCCCUGAACAGCGAUGGGACUGUCAUGUUCAAUGCCACUCUCUUUGCCUUGGUCAGAACAGCACUGAGGAUCAAGACAGAAGGUAACCUGGAGCAAGCCAACGAAGAGCUGAGAGCAAUAAUUAAGAAAAUCUGGAAGCGCACCAGCAUGAAGCUGCUGGACCAGGUGGUGCCUCCAGCAGGUGAUGACGAGGUGACCGUAGGGAAGUUCUACGCCACUUUCCUGAUUCAGGAGUACUUCCGGAAGUUCAAGAAACGUAAAGAGCAGGGCCUGGUGGGCAAGCCCUCCCAGCGCAACGCGCUCUCCUUGCAGGCUGGUUUGCGCACACUUCAUGACAUUGGGCCAGAGAUCCGACGAGCCAUUUCUGGAGACCUGACAGCUGAAGAAGAGCUAGAUAAGGCCAUGAAAGAAGCUGUUUCUGCUGCCUCUGAAGAUGACAUCUUCCGGAGAGCUGGAGGCUUGUUCGGGAACCAUGUCAGCUAUUACCAAAGUGAUGGCAGGAGUGCGUUCCCCCAGACGUUCACCACCCAGCGACCUUUGCACAUCAAUAAGUCUGGCAACAACCAGGGAGAUACGGAAUCUCCAUCUCAUGAGAAGCUGGUGGACUCCACCUUCACUCCCAGCAGCUACUCAUCUUCAGGCUCCAACGCCAACAUCAACAACGCCAACAACACUGCCCUGUGCCGCUUCCCCAGCCCACCCAGCUACCCCAGCACUGUCAGCACAGUGGAAGGCCACGGGACUCCCUUGUCACCCACCAUACAUGUGCAGGAGGCUCCUUGGAAACUGCCUUCCAAAAGCUCCAGUUCCAGAGACAGCCAGCUGGCAAUUGUUUGCCAAGAGGAAGUGUCUCAGGAUGAGACUUAUGAUGAAAAUUUGAAUGAAGACAUUGAGUACUGUAGUGACCCAAGUCUGCUCUCUACCGAAAUGCUUGCAUACCAAGAUGAUGAAAACAGACAACUUACUCCACCAGAAAAUGACAAAGGAGAGGACACCAGGCACUCUCCGAAGAAAGGGUUUCUGUGCUCCUCAGCACUAGGUCGAAGAGCAUCUUUUCACUUAGAGUGUCUGAAAAGACAGAAAAACCAGGGUGUAGACGUUUCGCAGAAGACAGUUCUGCCAUUGCAUCUGGUACACCAUCAGGCGUUAGCGGUGGCCGGCCUGAGUCCCCUCCUCCAGCGAAGCCAUUCCCCCACCAUGUUCUCUCGGUUGUGCGCUACACCCCCCGCCACACCCUGCAGCCGUGGCUGGCCGCAACAGACCAUCCCGACCCUGCGUCUCGACAGGGCAGAGUCCAGUGAGAAGCUCAACAGCAGCUUCCCCUCGGUGCACUGCGGCUCUCGGUACCCCGACGACGGCUGCAGCAGCCCCCGGAGAGCCAGGCCGGUCUCCCUCACCGUUCCCAGCCAGAGCAGCAGCAGCAGCAGACAGUUCCACGGCAGCGCGAGCAGCCUCGUCGAAGCGGUCUUGAUUUCGGAAGGACUGAUGCAGUUUGCUCAAGAUCCAAAGUUCAUUGAGGUCACAACCCAGGAGCUCGCAGAUGCCUGUGACAUGACGAUAGAAGAAAUGGAAAAUGCAGCAGACAACAUUCUCAAUGGUAACAGCAAGCAGAGCCCCAAUGGCAACCUCUUGCCUUUUGUUAACUGCAGGGACCCAGGGCAGGACAGUGCAGGAGAGGAAGAGGAAGAGGUGCAGAACCCGGAUUGUAGAAAAAGUCAGGAGGAGCUCAAGGACAGCAGGAUUUAUAUCAGCAGCCUGUAG